AUGAAGAAGCUGAGGAACUAUUACAGUAAUCUCCGGCAUCCACAAACUGUGGAACGGAAAUGGAUCUUCCCGCUUGCUAUUGGCUCCAUAGUUUCUCUGUUUAUUCUCUUCUUAACCACCUUGACGUCGCCGGACGGCACCCCACUUGUCCCUUUGUAUCGCUACUACACCUCCGCUUCCUCCGCCUCCAUCUUCGUCGAAUCCAAGCUCCGACCCAUCCCCAUUUCCGCCCUCCCUCCGCCGCCCCGGUUCGCUUACCUCAUAUCCGGCUCCGCCGGCGAUGGGAACAUGCUCAAGCGUACUCUUCAGGCCCUGUAUCACCCCAACAACCAGUACGUUGUCCACCUCGAUGCCGAGUCCUCGCCGGAGGAGCGUCUCGAUUUGCACAAUUUCGUCCGGAAUCAUCCCGUCUUCCUGAAAUUCAGGAAUGUGAGGAUGAUUACCAAGGCUAAUUUGGUCACCUACCGUGGGCCCACCAUGGUUGCUAACACCCUUCACGCCGCCUCAAUUUUGUUGAAGGAGGGUGGUGAUUGGGAUUGGUUUAUCAAUCUUAGCGCCUCUGAUUAUCCCCUUGUCACUCAAGAUGAUCUACUUCACGUAUUCUCGUACUUGCCGCGGGAUCUUAAUUUCAUUGACCACACCAGUAACAUUGGCUGGAAAGAGUUUCAGAGAGCUAAACCUAUAAUUAUUGACCCCGGGUUGUACAUGACCCAGAAGGCUGAUGUUUUCUGGAUUACGCAGAGGAGAAGUGUGCCGACAGCUUUUAAGCUCUUCACAGGAUCUGCCUGGAUGGCACUCUCUCGUCCAUUUAUUGACUUCUGCAUAUGGGGAUGGGACAACUUACCAAGAACAGUCCUCAUGUACUAUGCUAAUUUUAUAUCAUCUCCUGAGGGGUAUUUCCACACUGUCGUCUGUAAUGCCCAAGAAUUUCUGAAUACAACUGUGAACAGUGAUCUUCACUUCAUAUCGUGGGAUAAUCCUCCUAAGCAGCAUCCACAUUACCUCACUGUUGAUGACAUGCAGCGGAUGAUUGAUAGUAAUGCUCCAUUUGCAAGGAAGUUUCAUCAAAAUGAUCCAGUGCUGGACAAAAUCGAUUCCGAACUGUUGUUUCGCGAGCAAGAAAAACUUGUGCCUGGUGGCUGGUGCAUUGGCAGUGGGAAGAAUGGUACAGAUCCAUGUUCUGUUCCUGGUAAUACCACAGUGCUCAGGCCCACUGCUGGUGCAAAGAGGUUACAAAACCUCAUUAGCCAUCUAUUAUCAAAUGAGAAUUUCAGACCAAGGCAGUGCAAAUAA